GUAGGCACAAGAGGAAGGUCCAGAACUUUCUUCCUUGUAAGAGUGACCACCAGACCAGGUGUGACGUCAGUAGCUCAAGCAGAAUUACUUAUGAUGACAUGAUAAUCAAUCACCACCCGACAAGACUGCCCGAUCAACGUGGACCCAGUGUCCAGACACUCACGCCCAUUGAGCUGUUUGACGUGAAGUUCGGGCGAUAUGGGCGUCAACACGUGAGCCACACAAACUUCUCCUUCUCUGGUAAAGAAGCCGAUAGGUUACGGUCAGUUAAGAGUAAAGAACAAUUCAACUCAGGUGGGCUUCGAACGUAUGAUUCGGACAUUGAUGACAGUGAGAUAGAACCUCGUACUGUGGCUAGUGAUGAUGAAUUUGCUGAAGAUGAGUUGAGCUUGGGGGAAUUUCCCCGACAACCUAGUCACUCAUGUUCUGGUACUAAUAGCCUUCUGGGGUCUACGGGAGGAGACCUUUGUCGCGACAUGGAAUCUACAUCUAGUGUUGAAAAUAAAGAGAUCCAACGAUUGUUUUGUAAUGAUGGCGCUGAGGGACGAAACCACAAUUCCCAAUUUUUGGAACGAAACAAAGAUGGAUUUCCUAGUGAGGGAUUUGAAAAGAAACAGAACUAUUACAAAGGAAAGAACAUGCUGGGGCCCGACUUGGCUUACCCUAACACCACAAUCCCACUUGAUGGUAUGACAGGUAUAGAUCUAACACCUCACCAGUUUGUUGGUCAUCACAGUCCGCGUGGAGCUUCAAACCUGGAAGAGGGAAGGGUUCCCGGGUUUUACUUCACUGCGGUGGGAUCACCUGUCCUGUUACACGCUCACUCUCCACCGCCCCCUCCAUACCCAGCUGGGCUAGGAACUGGAACCUUACCAUCCGUCUACAACCCUCACGCGACAACUCAAAGAUCAGAUCUACUACCAGAAAGUUUGUUGUCACAACUGAAUGGUAAAGAAAUCCAGUCAGAAGAUCACAAUUACCAUGGACCUGUCUUUACCAUUGUUCCUGAACAUCCGUAUCCCCUAGAUCCCGGGUUUGGAAACCACGUAGAUAUUAGUCCAUUAGAAUUCCGUACUUUUCAUCCACUAGGCAGAGGGAGGCCCCCCACCCCUCCAGCACGUGAGAAUGUUUAUUCUUCUAUCGAUGACAAAGGACUUUUUACUAUAGAUGGAAAUCGAAACCGUUGUGAUCAAACUAGUCGUGCGCAGGACGAUCCAAUCUGCAACUUGGAUAAAUCCGAGAAACAUCCUGUGCCAAAAUCGAACAUUCCAGUGUUCCACAGUGUAGAAGAAAGUGGAUCGUAUGGUGAUAUCAGGCCUGUCUUUGAUUCCAGGACCUUGUGUACAUGACCCGCAGCAGAGAGAGAGGCCCUAUGUGAUGUAACACCAGUGUUCGUUGUGAUUCUUGUGAUAGUUAUAUGUGGGUGGAAAAACCCGUUUUUUUGUACACAGAUAUCAGUCCCUUUAGUUCCACAGUGACUGAACAGAACUCGCAAUAGACCACCCUGUAGCAUUAGGAGGAAACUCCCAACACAAUCCAGUAUUUUUGUCACUAACAUAGUAAGCACUGUGAUAAUUAAUUUUAUUGUUUGCUUAAGCCCUCGGGUGAGUAAUAUUGGUUGUCGUAAGGCGAGUGCUGUGGUAGUGACAUUUGAUGUAUAAAUGGACUUGGUUAUUGUAUGUGUUAUUGAUUGCAAUUAAAGUCCCCAAACACUCUAGGAAGCGAAACAUAAACCACGUGAUUGUAUUUUUUUACCUAAAUUCAUGCUCAAUUUUGAAGGAGAAUUUCGAUCUCUUCUAAAGUACAAGACAUGGGGGGGGGGGGAAUUGGUCUCCGUGCGAAGGAAUCGGUGUUUAUCUAUGUUUCACUUUUUGACAUUUCAUUGUAUUCUGAAUGUUUGUUUCUACUCGUGUCAAUUAUCCAUAUAAGUUAUUGAAAGCUAAUGGAGUUCGGCUUGUAUUUUGUUUUUCAGAGGAUGGACCUGUUUCCAUGGGCAAAACUUGAAAUAUUUAUUAUUAUUGGUAUUAUAAUUUUCAUUACAAAAUUCUUUACGUUUUAACAACAUUACGUAAGUGACGUGGGCCUCCGAUGAUUGGUCGAAUUAUGAAAAUCCAUCCCUUUGUAUAACGUGGGUAAAACUAAACAUUACGUAAAUGACGUGAGCCUCCUAUGAUUGGUCGAAUCAUGAAAAUCCAUCCCUUUGUGUAAAAUUACUGGAAAAAGUUCGUAUAGUGACAUAUCACUGUUUAAACUUUUCUUUGUUUUUUUAUCAAUA